GGGACUUGGGUGGCUCCAAUAAUGCACAUGAUGGAGUUGGAGAGCAUAUAGAUACGAAACAUGGUGCUGGGUUACCCAAUUCACCAUCUUCUUCAGGGUGGCUUUGGCUAUGGUCUUGAGUUGAGAAUAUACACUGCCAGAUCGGGUCCCGGCCCUGCCACUGUGAAUUUAUGACCUUUUAGGCAGCAUCAAAGCAUUUUGGAGAAUUCUGCAGAGAAUUUUUUCUAUCGGUUCGUAUGUCUCUUGCUUUUAUUUGAUUUUGUUCGUGGCUGACUUCUUGUUUUCGUGUGUGACAGGUUGCUAUGAUGUGAUGAGUAAAUGCUGAAAUCAUUAAUUUUCUUAUUUUUUUAUUUUAGAAAUACUAGGAAGCUUUGGUUGUCCAUGUUGUUUUGAAUCUGUAUCAUGAACUCGAUUGAAUAUGACACGAGUUCUUUAUAGGUGUAUAUGGUCUGGAUAGUUUCUGAUUUGCUAGUGUUUCUUUUGUCUUCAGGCCCGCAACCGGAAAAUCCACUGCUCUUACUCGGGCAGUAUAGCGACGAUGAUGAACGGGAAGAUGACUUGGAUGAGAAACUUGGUGAAGCUGCUGUGGAAAGUUCUUUGGUUGAAAAUAACAAUGAGGUUAAGAUUUUGAAUGGAGAAGGUUGUGUAGAUGUGGUUGCUAACAAACAUGAAUCAGAUAAAACCUCUAGUUCUCUUGAUAUUAACCACAACCUUGACGAUGCAAAUAAUAAAGAAAGUGAUGAUACAGCGUUGACUGCCUUAGGCAAGGGUGAUACUGCCUCAACCGCCUUAGGCAAUGACUUGGAAGUAGGACAGAUCUUUGCCCCUGCCACAUCUGACCUACAACAGAGUGGAGAUGUUGGUUCUGGUUGGCAGAUGGUACUGCAUGAGGAAAGUAAUCGGUACUAUUAUUGGAACACGACAACUGGAGAAACUUCAUGGGAAAUACCUGGAGUAUUGGCUCUGGCAUCUGAGUUGGUCAAUAAUCAUGAAUCUUCCACUACUAACGAGAGAGCAGAAAAUGCUUUUGUUGAUAUGCAAGAUCCCAGCUUGAGUACAGGUCCGACAUUUGAUGGUCUUUCAGCUCCAACACAUAUUGAAGGGUCACAUCCGGUUGAGUGGAGUGUAGCGAAGAGUGAGGCUCAGAAUGUUACAAAUUGUGGUAAUGACGCCGUCAAGGCUUCCUAUGUCAAUGCCACUUUAGGUGAAGGUAGUUCUAUGAAAGAUGUUUAUGACAAGUUGGUAUAUGGUAUGAUGGACACUGAAGAUCAUGGGUCUGGAAUGGACCUUUCUACUUCUCUUAUUAAACGCAGUGAGUCUUUGAUAGAGAAAUUGAAGUCAAUAAAAGGGUCUGAUGGCCAAAUGCAAAGUCUUGACCGCAUCUCCAAGUAUAUUUUGGAAGUUGAGAUUAGGCUUUCUGAUUUUAAAGCUCUUUCAUCUUUUGGCUCUUCUCUGCAUCAUUUUUGGGUACAUUCUGAUAGGCGGCUUAAACAACUCGAGGAUUCUAUUAGUGUUGAACUUUCCAAUAUAGGUUCAAAUACACAGAUUGAUGACAAGAUUCAAGAAAGCUCUGAAGCCGAUAAAACUGAAAAAAGAAGACUGUCGCCUGAGACUUUUGAUGUUUCUACAAUGGUUACCACAUCAACAAUAUCAUCUAAAGAUCACGAUGCUACAAAUGCCAUUACUUGCUUACAUGUAACUACUCCUACUGGUGAACAAGUAAAUGGGGCAGCUUGUCCUGAAGAAUUAAAUUCGAAGCAAGGGUUGCUUGCUGCAGAAGAAGUCGACAUGGAUGUUGACAUGGAGGUUGAUGAUGCUUCUGCAUGCAAUACUGCCAUUGUCGAUGCUUCAGGUGUUAAGGAGUCAGCUUUGCAAUCAGUUCAGCAGCCCAUUCAGCCUGCAGGGUACACAUCUCUAGUCCCAGAUGAUGUAUUUAUUGUUCCACCUCCUCCAGAUGAAGAGUGGAUUCCCCCACCUCCACCAGAUAACGAGCAAAUUCCUCCACCCCCACCAGAUGAGCCACCCGAGGCCAUUUAUCCUCCACCUCCAUCAUAUCCAGAGACAGGGCCACCUCCAUAUGCAGAACAGUACAAUAUAUCUUAUCCAAAUUCCAGUUUUGAAUAUUAUGGGCAUGCAGCUACAGAAGUCCCAAGCAAUAACUUUUAUGGACAGGCACCUGUCUAUUAUGAUGCUGUUCCAAAUACAUAUACUGAAACUCCUCAAAUCCCAGCUGUUGCUUAUUAUGAUUACGAUUCAAGUGUUCCUCCUGCCCCUGGGGUUAGUAGUGUAGAGUCCUCUCAACUUCACAGGGAGCCUGCUCCGAUUAGCUAUGGAACUGUCGUUUCUAAUCUUGUUGGUUCUGUGCAUUCCUUAGUUGAAGCAGACGGCAAUUCAUUGCCAUCUGCAAAUGGGAGCAACAGUUCUGCUGUUGUUGGUGAGAUUGAUAGGGCACCUCUGGAGGUUCAAUCUACUGCAGCCACUAUCCAAGUUCCUUCCAUUGUUUCUGCAAAAGAGAGCGAUUCAGUUCCACCAGUUGAAGCAGUCCCUGCAACUACUGCCGUUUCUACUGUCACAACAGCUACUAAGGCUCAAGCUAAAGUUCCACGUGUUAAAAAGCGGUCAGUUGCUGUUGCCCCUUCAUUGAGAUCAAAUAAGAAAGUUUCCAGUUUGGUAGACAAGUGGAAGGCAGCUAAAGAAGAGCUGCUUGAAGACGAGGAACCAGAAAAUCCAUAUGAGAUGCUAGAAAAGAAGAGACAAAGGGAAAUAGAGGAAUGGAAGGCGCAACAGAUUGCCAGUGGAGAGGCCAAAGAUAAUGCAAAUUUUCAGCCGCUGGGUGGUGAUUGGAGGGAACGGGUGAAGCGAAGGAGAGCUCAACAAGCCAAAGAAGCUGCACGAAAAACACCAGAAUCAUGUAACGAUGAAAACACCCUAGCAGUUGCCAAAGAAGCUACACGAAAAACACCAGAGCCGCUUAAAGAUGAAAUCAAGCAGCAGCCUGUAGUUAGUGAACUUUCAAGGGAUGAUGAUCUUCCAUCUGGGUGGCAGGCAUACUGGGACGAAUCGUCGAAACAGGUUUAUUAUGGAAACCUUGUCACUUCAGAAACUACAUGGAUCAAACCAACGAAAUAAGCCAUUGUUGAAUUUACUAUAGCAUAAAAUUUUGGUUGUUUUACCCUUAUUUUUUUUUUCCAUUUUUCCCACUUGGCUCGUGUACAUAUUUUAUUUUAUGUCAAGGGGAAGUUCAUAUUGAGAACAGUGAAACUAAAUAUUUACCACCAUUGAGAAGUAGGUUCUAUCUCUUUUUGACCAAUGAAAAAAUCACACCUGUUUUCAUAUA